UCUGGCCACGCCCGAUUUCGCUCUGAGGGCGGGGCCGCCACGGGCGGCCUAAUGAUGGUCUCCCGCCUUCCUCUCCUACUGAGGAGGAAGGGCUGAGGGGAGGGGGCUCGCGGACGGAAAGCGCUAGGGGAGGGGGCAGUGUGAGGGUGACUGAUUUCCUUCCGGCACGUCGCCCGCGCCAGGGGUGGGGGCGGGGGGUUUCACUUCCGGGACGGUGUUCCGGCCCAUUCCGGCCCAUUUCCACCCCCGGAGCUCUCACCCCUCCAGCGCCGGCGGUGGAGACAUUACUCCAAGGGCUCCCUCCUCACUGGGGAUUGCCGGAAAGAGCCAACAAAAGGCGCUGGUGUAGGCUCCAAAAUAAACAUCUGAAUUCAUGAUGGCAUCGACAGAGGCUCUUAAUGGAUUAAAAGUUUCAAAACAAACAAUAACGCUUUGGAAAAAGGGUUGAAUGCCUGCCUGGAUCUUCAGGCAUGACCAUGGAGAAAGGUGGGAACAUACAAUUGGAGAUCCCUGACUUCAGCAACUCUGUUCUGAGCCACUUAAACCAGCUGCGCAUGCAGGGCCGUCUCUGUGAUAUUGUGGUCAACGUGCAAGGACAAGCUUUUCGAGCUCACAAAGUAGUACUGGCUGCCAGCUCCCCUUAUUUCCGGGAUCACAUGUCCUUGAAUGAAAUGAGUACUGUCUCCAUUUCUGUCAUCAAGAACCCUAGUGUUUUUGAACAGCUCCUUUCUUUCUGUUACACAGGGCGGAUAUGCCUGCAACUGGCAGAUAUCAUCAGCUACCUUACAGCUGCUAGUUUUCUGCAGAUGCAGCAUAUUAUAGACAAAUGUACACAGAUCUUAGAGGGCAUUCAUUUCAAAAUUAAUGUGACUGAAGUUGAAGCAGAAUUAAGUCAAACAAGAACAAAGCAUCAGGAGAGACCUCCAGAGUCUCACAGGGUUACACCAACUCUAAACCGUUCACUUAGCCCACGACAUAAUACCCCAAAGGGAAACCGGCGAGGGCAGGUUAGUGCUGUGCUGGAUAUCAGAGAGCUAAGUCCCCCUGAGGAGUCCACCAGCCCUCAGAUAAUCGAACAGAGUUCUGAUGUAGAGAGCCGGGAGCCCAUUCUUCGGAUCAACAGAGCAGGACAGUGGUAUGUUGAAACAGGAGUAGCAGAUCGGGGGGGCCGGAGUGAUGAUGAAGUUAGGGUUCUUGGAGCAGUGCACAUCAAAACUGAAAAUCUGGAAGAGUGGCUUGGGCCUGAGAAUCAGCCUUCUGGAGAGGAUGGGAGUAGUGCAGAGGAAGUCACAGCCAUGGUGAUUGACACCACAGGCCAUGGUUCUAUAGGACAGGAAAGUUACACUUUAGGGUCUUCAGGAGCCAAGGUCGCUCGGCCAACCAGCAGUGAAGUUGACAGAUUUAGUCCCUCUGGCAGUAUUGUUCCCAUGACAGAAAGACACAGAGCCAGAAGUGAGUCUCCUGGGAGAAUGGAUGAACCUAAGCAACCUAGCUCCCAGGUAGAAGAGUCAGCAAUGAUGGGAGUAAGUGGCUAUGUGGAGUAUCUCCGAGAGCAGGAAGUGUCUGAGCGGUGGUUCCGGUAUAAUCCCCGUCUCACCUGCAUCUACUGCGCCAAAUCUUUCAAUCAAAAGGGAAGUCUGGACCGCCAUAUGCGCCUGCAUAUGGGAAUCACACCAUUUGUCUGCCGCAUGUGUGGGAAAAAGUAUACACGCAAAGAUCAGCUGGAAUAUCAUAUCCGCAAGCACACAGGCAACAAGCCCUUCCACUGUCAUGUUUGUGGCAAAAGUUUUCCCUUUCAGGCCAUCUUGAAUCAGCACUUUCGUAAAAACCACCCUGGCUGCAUACCCCUGGAAGGGCCUCACAGCAUUUCUCCUGAAACAACUGUCACAUCUCGAGGACAAACUGAAGAAGGAUCACCUUCACAGGAAGAAACAGUUGCUCCUGGGGAAACCGCUCAGGGUUCAGUGUCUACUACUGGGCCAGAUUGAAACAUUGAGGGGGAGGGGGCAGACCCUCUUCCCCUUUGGGCUGUAAGUAGCCCACAUCACGGCCACGGGCUGGUACUUAGAUUCACAAAAUGCCACAUCGCUAGGCCAGAUGUCCCCACGGUGUUGCCAAGUAGAGGAUUAACAACAUACAGAAAGCACUAAAGGCUCUUACCCUCUUCUUUCCCACCUCACACUUUGGAAAAUAGUCAAGCAAAUCAGCUUCUAAUUCAGGGAUCAACAGCCUUGGUUUGUUAACUUUAUAAGAAAAAAAAUUUUUUAACAAAACUGAUACAUGGUCAUUUAUCUGCCAGUCAUGUUUGAACACUGUACUUUGGUCCAUAUCGUCUUGGUGGGUGAAAGCCCAAUCUAAAAAAAAAAAAUGCAACAGGAGCUUUGGCCAUCUGAAGCAGCCAGUCAGAAGAGAGAAAGAGGUAGUCACAAUGGUGAGGAAGAGGAAUCUCUUCUUCCUUCCCUGCCAGAAUGUGCAUUUUGGGGGGGGGGGGGGGCAAAAUACUGCUGGUUCUUGUUCUGAAAGGUUAGGCAUCUAAUGUUGUGCCUGGCUGACUCAUGCCAUCAGCUAUCUUGGAGCAGUAUUCUAGUUGGCAGCAUCACCUGAAGCCCUUUAGGCAAGCAGAAGUGAAAUGAGCAGUGAAGUGUUUACAGUGGGUACUGCUACAUAUGGGGCCGUGAGUGUUAUAUUGAAAAGGAGGAACAGGGAAGGAAGUGUUUUUAAUUUUUUUACAAAUACUGAACAGCACAGAGCUGCACUGCAACUUUCUGAUUGGUGUUUGUAGCCCUAGUGCUUACAUACAUCCUUGGGAGUUACAGAAAUGUUUCUAGUUCAGAUGAGUUAACCUGUUAGGCUGACUACCAAAGUUUCGUCCAGUCUCUUCAGCUCCUAGUUUCAUAUAACAGCAAUAUUGUACAUCAGAAAUGUCACUUUCCAGUGAAAUGUGAGCCUGGAUUGUAUUUUUUAAUCCACAGGUCUCCAUGUUUGAUAACUUUUAUAUGAAGUUUUAAACACUUUUCUGCAAUAUUGUAGUUGAAGAAACUCAGCACUGUUCUUAUUACUACCACAGUUUUGUUUCCUUCUACGUUUAGUACUUUUUAUUUUCAGUCCAAUGAAGAACCUCUCUUAAAUCUAUGUCUGGGUCUGCAAGCCUACUAAUUCAUAACCCACCAUCAACCAAUUGCUAGUGGACUCCAAGAGCUUUGAUUUUUAAUAAUACACUACAGGGCACUUACCAGAAAAUACCACUCAGUCAUGUUGCAAUAAAUGAUCAAGGAGUCAGUCUUGAUCAGGUGUGGUUACUUAAUCAUUCCUAAAAUUUUUUAAACUUCAAGGGACAUUUUUUUAGUAAAUUCUGGGCUUUUCUGAGAUUCUUAAUCCAGCUGUGAGAGAAAGAAUUUACCAAACAUGUAGAGUUUUAUAUAUCCUGUCUUGCAUGCAGAUAGAGAAGGAAGAAUGUUCAGCACUGCAGGCAAUAGAUGCCUGCAACCUACAGAGCAAACAGAAAAAUCUCCAGCUUCCCUUGAAUGAGUUUAAAGGAAUAUUUAAAUAUGUAAUGGCUUAGGUAAUUAUUUUGUUACAGGGAAAUAAAUGAUUGUAAAAGAGCUUUGGGAAAGGAGCUGGCCAUAUCUGCACUGGUGAGCCAUUUAUGAAAAUGUUUGUGUGCUCCUUUCUUGUGAGCACUUUGUGGUACGUA